AUGCCGGCCACAGAGCCGCCCACGGAGCCGCCCACGAAGCCGCCCACAGAGCCGCCCACAGAGCUGCCUACAGAGUCACUUAUAGAGCUGGUCACUGAAUCCUCUAUCACUCAGCAGGUAACUCCUUACUCAGUUUAUCUAGAUAAUUACUUUACAUCUGUUGCACUAUUCAAAUUCCUACGUGAAAAGGGAUAUGGUGCAUGUGGAACUACUCAUUCAAAUCAGGCUCCGGCAGUUCUCGCAGAGCUUAGAGAUUAUACGGCAGCUAUUCCAUGGAAUACUCUAUAUGCUAUUGAACAAGAGAAGGUUCUCUGUCUUGCCAUGCAAGAUAAUAAUAUGGUAUUAGCACUAAGCACCAUUCAUUCGCUUGACACCUUUAUUGAACGUAUUCGAAAGCGGCCUGGAGAGCUCUCAACCAAUGCCAAUAUUGUACGAAAGGUCUUUGAAGAGCUCCGCUUCUCCUCCCCUCGCUCCCCGCCCUCCGACUCGCCUUUCUCCAGCUACCCCUCGCCCACCAGAGUUCAGACCGCCAGCUAUAUCUCCACCUUCCAACCACCUUCCGAUGUGCGUGCAAACCUCCAACGUCGCUUCACCACAGACGCCAGCAAACUUUCCUCAUGGCCCGCCUUCAACAGUGCUCAGCCGCUGCCUUUGCCGGAGUCUCUGGACUUCCUCUCCUCGGCAACGCAGAUUCACAAGUCGCAGUUGUUCGAAAAGAAGAAAGCACAUAUCGAAUACAUGAGAGAACAAAGAAAACGUUUCGAGGCUGAUAUGAAACUGUUAGAUCUCCAGCAGGAGAAAGAGCGCCAGGAACUGGACCAGAUGGCUAGAGAUCUUGUCAAUGCUAGCUCGAGCUUGGCUGGUGCCGUCAGUGAACCUACAACCCCACCAGAAUAUAAAGAUAACGGUUUCCCCACCGCCUUCUCUCGCCCAACUCGUUUUUCAACAUCGAGUGCAACUGCACCUGGAGUGUUCAACCUCUUCGGCCCUUCACAGGUCGUAUCACCAACUGGCCACGCGAAAUCAACUAUAGCCACCACUCCAAGCCAGGCAUCUGCUCCGCAGUCUCUUCUGGGUUCUCGCCGGAACUCUGAGGAGGAAUAUCUUCCAGAACCAUUCCCCUCUUUGCGUCAGAGUGCCUCAUACUCCAUGCCCACAUCCAGUUUUGGCUCUCAGGCCAAUUUUACCACAACUGCAGCCACAGCCAACGGCUUUACUAGGUCCAUUGGACUCAAUCCAUUCCAUCCUGCCAAGUUUGCUUUCGGGGAUGAUGACGACGAAGAUAGGAGGGGCUUAAAGGACGAAGAUCGUAUGCCAACUCCGGACCUGAAGAGUUAUCUCAAAUUAACGGAUCCUGACGACAAAUUCCCCACCCUGAUUCGUCGAGAUGAUAAUUCCGGCUUACUAUCCGCCAAUUCCGCUGCGUUGGACCUAGCCAACUCACGUACGCCAGGGCCGGAGACAUAUGGUCAUCGUCAUCACGCCUCACUCCCUCACAAUUCAUUAAACAUGUCUCAGCAUAUCGGGAGCAGUCGCUCACAGGGCGAGCAAAUUUCAGCCCCAUUCUCACCUGCAAGUGACACUCGCCAAUCUCACAGGCAUUCACUUGAACCUGGGUUUUCAACGUAUAACAGCACCAAAGGUCUCUAUUCCACUACCAAUGGAUCCCAGUCGCGGCCAACUUCCCUCCAAAUGUCAUAUUCUACUAAUGAUAUCCCCACCAAGAGUAAUGGCUAUACCGCAGUAACUCCACCAAAGUCCCAUGCAGACCAUUUCCAUUCUCAUAGUGCUAGUGUUGGUCGAGUUCCGGCUACUCCUCACGCCCAUGGAAAUGACACUCCAACAUCCCCAUUGUCCCCUGAUCGUGAUGACCAGUCCUUUAAUCUCCAACCACUUCAGUCAGUUUUGCAGGCUAAUGCCACCCCUUUUGGACCUCAAUUGACAUCCACAAGCAAUGGGAUGCCAAAUGGCACCACUAUUGGCGCUUUCCAAAGUCCUGUUUAUGGAUAUGCCAUGCAGCCGUUCAUCACUAGCCCCAUCCAAACCAAUGGACACACUCAAGCGUUCCACCCAAACCCGCCCUACGGUGCCUAUAUCAACCCUGCUCCCUUUUCACCUUACUCUCGUUUCCCAGAAAGCCCUGCAAGAAACCCGGGUCAGGGUCGUCGCAGCGGAGAAGGCGAAUCUAGCCAAUUUUCGCGGUUUGGUAACGCUCCAUUGGAAACCUACCAAGGCGAGUUAUAUGGCAUGUGUAAGGACCAGUACGGAUGCCGCUAUUUGCAGAAGAAGUUGGAGGAGCAAAAUCCAGCACAUGUGCAGAUGAUAUUUUUGGAGACACAUAUCCAUGUUGUAGAACUUAUGACCGAUCCGUUCGGAAACUACCUCUGCCAGAAGUUGCUUGAAUUCUCGAACGAUGAACAGCGUACUGCACUCAUCAACAACGCUGCUCCUCAACUUGUUAAGAUCGCACUGAACCAACAUGGGACUCGAGCUUUGCAGAAGAUGAUUGAAUUCAUCUCCACCCCGGAACAGACUCAAACCGUGAUCAACGCGUUACGUGAUCGAGUAGUGGAGCUUGUGCAAGAUUUGAACGGAAACCAUGUUAUCCAAAAGUGCUUAAAUCGCCUCUCUGCGACGGAUGCUCAGUUUAUCUAUGAUGCCGUUGGAGCAAGCUGCGUGCCAGUCGGAACCCAUCGCCAUGGUUGUUGCGUGUUGCAGCGUUGUAUUGACCACGCUUCUGGUGACCAGCGGGCUCGCUUAAUCGAACAGAUCACCAAUAACGCAUUCACCUUGGUUCAAGAUCCGUUUGGAAAUUACGUGGUUCAGUAUAUCUUGGAUCUCAACGAGCCUCAUUUUAUUGAGCCCAUCUGUCGCAGCUUUCGCGGGAACAUCUCUGCCUUAUCCAAACAAAAAUUCAGCUCGAACGUGAUUGAGAAGUGCAUUAGAACAGCUGACCCACAAUCACGUUCCGCUUUGGUGGAUGAGAUGUUGGUCCCCAGUGAACUCGAGAAAAUGCUCCGUGACUCCUUUGCGAACUACGUCGUUCAAACUGCCAUGGAUUUUGCUGAUCCCGAAUACCGCACGAAAUUGGUCGAAGCUAUCCGCCCGAUCCUCCCAGCAAUUCGCCAGACGCCACACGGGCGCCGCAUUGCCGGAAAAAUCCUGAGUGUGGAGAACCAAGGCCGCGUGAGCGGGGGCUCCAGCGGCCAAAUUACGCCUAACGAUAUGACGAACGUGUAUCACCAGAUUCAUCCCUUUUCAACUUCCAUCAUUACACAAUAUCCACAACAGCAAUUUAGUAAUGUCGGUGAUAGUAUAGUUAACAAUGUGCUGGUAAGCACCAGCAACUCAUCCUCCGCCGCGUCUUCUGCAACCAAUGUCAAUGGCAAUGCUGUCAAAGCUCCACCUGCCAACGGCAACUGCAACGGCAAUGACGACAAUACGCCCACCAUCUACAGUCCCAUUCCGCAACAAGCAACGAACGGGUUAAGUGCCUUUCCAAUACAGGGAUACCCAUUUUUUACUUGA